AUGGUGGCAGGUUAUGUGAAGUGGGCGCCACAAGUUUUGUUUAUUUUCAUUUCUGUCAUCCUGAUUUUUCUCCUGUCAGCAUGUUCAGCGGAGGAAGAUGAAGACAUCGAGUCUAACAAGGAGAUGGCUAAGAUGCUUCUGUACCUCAAGGACGAAGCCAGAGACACGUUUUUCUCGGACUGCAUCAAACAUUUCUGUGAAGACCACGAGCUGUCAAAACACAACAGCGACAUGUGGGAGUCAGAGGACAUCAAGAAAGCAAAUCAUGACCGCUUCUGGGCAACUUAUCGCUGUACAGUGAAGAAGCAACCCUCGGAUUGCCCAGUUGACGGUGGCUGGACGCAGUGGAGCGAGUGGGACAUCUGUAGUCUGACCUGCGGCCCGGGCCUCCAACACCGCAGGAGGACGUGUUCCAACCCGCUCCCCCAGAACGGCGGCUAUCCGUGUGACGGCCUGGCCAUCGAUACACUGCGCUGCGAGGACAGACCGUGUCCAGAAAAGGUCGACGGACAGUGGUCUGAGUGGGGUCCGUGGAGUGCCUGUUCCGUGAAGUGUGGGCAGGGCUCUACCGUCCGGCAGCGGAACUGCACCGACCCGGCGCCACAGAACGGCGGCUUGCGGUGCCGGGGACAGCCCGUAGAGAUCAAACAGUGCACAAGGAACGACGAGUGUACUUCCGGUAAGGACGCGAAGGAGUGGAUGUAUACAUGGUCGCCCUGGGGCCAGUGUCAGGGAGAGCCUUACUGCAGCAUCGGUACCAGACAGCGUGAGAUGACCUGUCCUAAGGCCGUCGAGGGCUGUCCGCAGAACCAAGCCGAAGGCGACGUAGUGGCGACUGCUGAAGAGCUGUGUACUCUGCCGCCAUGUCAGGGUAGGUCACCAAAUCAGAGGUAUCAUUCUGUAACGUCACUACAUGACUAUGACCUUUACCUCGUUCGCUGCGCUCACUCAAUGGCUUUAUUCGGUGGUUAUAGCAACUGACAAGGCUUUAAGGAAGAAACUGAGUAAAACCAUAUGUUUUCCUUCGGUAAACAUAAUAAACGUGUAGUUGAUGGCGGCUGGAGCGGCUGGAGCGAGUGGUCAGUGUCCACGAGUGACUGCGGGGAGGGGAAGCAAGGACGGUUCCGAACGUGUAACCACCCAGCCCCACAGGCUCACGGGAAGGAUUGCCCAGGGCCGCGACUCCUGGUGAGAGCCGUGAACGUGCCGUGUGAAGAGGAAGGUGCCCGGCACAAAAGAGAGACGAAGGAGGUGCAAGAUCUCAUGGAUGAAGAACAAUCUAUAGAUGGUAAUCAUGGACAGCAAUCUAUGGAUGAAAACGUAGUUCAGGGACAGCAAUCUGUGGCGGAGAAGGUCGUUCAAGGACCAAGUUCUGUGCCUAGGGAUGAAGACUACGUUCAAAGCGAGGCAUACGGAGAUCACGACUUCCAACACACAUCACACGGAGACAUCGCCGGUCCGGAAGUAGAAGGAGAGGUGAUCGCAGAACUGACCGACGAAGAGUCCAAAACCACGUCGGAAGGGAUGUUGGUUCUCCCAAGUUUUCUGGAGAAAGCCGGAGAGCAGAGUGAGGACAUGGCUUACCUGUCAAACUGGGGGAAGUGGACGACUUGCUCAAGGAGCUGCGAGGACGGGAUCAGGAGAAGACAGCGGGACUGUCUCUGGAAGGAGCGGAGGUGCAGAGGAGACAUUCGUGAUGUCCAGCUCUGCAACAUACAGCCAUGUCCAGUUCAUGGUGGCUUUAGCGAUUGGUCCGAAUGGACGGAAUGUUCCCUGACAUGUGGGGAGGGCACGACGUCCCGUAACAGGGUGUGUGCCAACCCUGCGCCCCGGCACGGCGGACAGAUGUGCGAAGGUCCGGAUCGGGAGGAGAAGGCGUGUCAGAAGAGCGAGUGUCCCAACAGCGGUGAAGACCACAAGUGGCAGUGGCAGUCGUGGGAGUCAUGGCAACCGUGUGACCGCACCUGCGACAUGGGGUACCGGCAGAGGAAGAGAGGCUGCAUGACCAAACCUGGGGUGACACAGCUCUUUAUCGACACAAAUCUGAACUGCAAAGGCAGGAGAGUGGAAGUCAUGGAAUGUCAGGUUGCCGAAUGUGCAGAAAACGGUAACUGGGCGGGCUGGUUGUCUUGGUCGGGUUGUACGGCCACGUGCGGGGAGGGUGUGAGGUCCCGGGACCGGACCUGUACCGACCCGGCCCCGUCUGGAGACGGGAAAGAGUGCGAGGGACAGGGGACAGAGGUGGAACACUGCUCAAUACCGCCCUGCAUAGAAACUGACGGGACCACGCGAAUCUUCAGCAAAAAUUCCUACCUGAUGUACCCAGCACCGACUCACCCGGCCCACGUCUGGCGGGCCUUCGUCCGUUUCUUUCCGUACACCGGAGACGGCCUCCUGCUGUGGACCUCGUCGGAAAAAGAGCGUGAAGAAGACGAUGUGAUGAUAGAGCUUGGGUUGAAGGAGGGGCUCAUUGUCUUUAAGGUGGUUCUUGGCGAAGACGAAGUGGAUGUACUCGGCUUGCAAGGGAAGGUUUGUGACCUGUGGCUGAACUACCAACAGUUCAGCCUGAAGGAGUACCCCUGGAAGGGGGACAGGAUUCCCGUCGAGGGGCACAACUCAGCUGACGAAAAAACAGAUCUAGUCGCUGCUUCGUUGUUGUUUUCCGGUGAGGAGUAUGCAGAGAUUCCAGUCACAACCCCGAAGGCUGCGCAAGGGUCCUUUACCAUCUCCAUGGUUCUGAUGCCAUCGGAGGGGGAAGGCUUGCUGCUUUUCAACAAAGGGACUGAGCGGAGCACCUACAUCAUACUCCUCCUCAGUAAUAACCGCGUCGUGCUGAAGCUGGGCUUAGACGGGGAGGAUAUUCAAACUUCUAGUGAAGAACUGAAACUAAAGAGCUGGGUGCAUCUCCAACUGACGAUCACAAAACGAGGGGACGCGGAGAUGAGGAUCAACAGCGGACCGGCAACGCAGUUGUCCUGCGAAGGGAUGCAGUACCAACCGGGCCCCUCGCUCAUGAUAGGGGGCGUAACAGAAGCGUUAUGGAAGGAUCUGAUCAAGAAUAAGCAUGUUCCAGAGAAGAGGGGGUUCAAGGGUGCUAUUUAUAGCGUUAAGGUCUACGGCAAGGAAUUCAAAAUGGCUGACAUGGCUCUUCAAAAACGAGGGCAGCUGCUUAAUUCGGCCACUACGACGAAAGCAGCCCACUAUUCAGAGAUAGUGGCCAGUGAUGAUUCGUCUCUCAAGCUACGGUGUGACUACAGCUUUAUUGAGGGGAAAAACCUCUCAAAACCACAUGUCAUAUGGAUGAAGGAAGACCGAAGGCAACAAGAGGGCGAAUUCGUCAGCAUAACUAAAGAGGAACCUGACAAUAAAUACGUGACCACGCUACACUUGAGGGACCUGCAUUCCAGCAUGACUGGUAGCUACUCCUGCCUGGUGGUACAUGGAGGAAGGGCAUUCGUAACACAUGCAUACGGAAUACUUGUGGAGACAUCUGUCCUAGCUACAGAAGUCAAACGCAAAAUGACAGCGACCGAGGAGGACAAUCUAGUACUGGAAGUCAUACUGCUGGUACUACUGGUGCCCUUUCUUGUUGUCAUCUGUGUCUGCUGUGCUGCUAGGAUCCGCUGCUGCCAAGAGAGGUUUCCAUUCCUUGGAAGACUCUAUAGCCAAAUGGUCGACAAGGCUGGAAAGAGCAAGAUCGUCAGGAAGGCAGGAGAGGCGGUGCAAAGAGCUGGACAGAGCAGGGUCGUCAGAACAGCCGGAGAGGCGGUCCAGAGAGCUGGGCAGAGCAAGAUCGUCAAGACAGCGGGGGGAGCGAUGCAGAGCAUCAAGGCAGGCGUUGUAGACAAGAUAGGCGCAAAGAUACGCCCCAAACAGUACCGAAAGGGGACCGAAAGUCGUACUGAUGAUGAGGAGAUGAUCGAGGAAUCGUCUGGUCACGAGACUGUUGUGUCUCUCAGAACGGAUGCCAUGGGGGAGCACUACGCCACUUCAGUAUAA